AUGCGAAGCCGCAGCCGCAGCCGAGGCCGCCGCAGCAGCAGCCGCGAUCGUCGCCCCACGCGCGAGGCCAAGCGAUCGCGCGACCGCAAUGACAACGUCGAUCAGUUUGGCCGCUCGCGGGACAGUCGGCGGUCGCGCGACCGCGGCGAGGACAGCGGCCGUGGGCGGGACCGAUCGCCCCGUCGCCGCGAGUCCGAGCGCGGCCGAAGCAGCGCAGAUCGACCUGACACGUCGGAUCGCAAUGCACGACGAUCCGUUGACCGCAACCGCAGCCCGCGAUCGACCAAGCCGCCAGCCCACGAUGGGCGAAGCAGCGGUGGCAUGAGCAAGUACGGCAGCAGUCUCUCGUCUCGCCCGUCAGCGGCCUACGGCGGGUCGAUGGACUCGGACUACUACCAAGCGCGCAUCGACGAACGCAAGGCCAAAGUGUUUAGCAUCUGGUCGACGUUUCCGAGUCCGCCGUCGCCGCCACCCAAAGCCAAGAAAGAGCCCGAGAAGCCCUCGCGUCGGUCGCCGUCGCCUGCGCCGUCGUCGUCGUCCUCGGAAAGCAGUGACGACGACCGCCGACGCAGCAGUAAGAAGUCAUCGUCGCGCAAGACGUCGUCGGCCAAGGCAAAGAAGAAGAAGAAGUCGUCGUCGUCCAAAAGCAAAAAGUCGUCCAAGUCGUCCUCCAAGAAGCGUCGACGCAGCCCGAGUCCAAGCAGCAGCAGCAGCAGCAGUGACAGUAGUAGCAGCAGCGACGAGAGCGACGUGCAUACCAACCAGCCAUCGUCGUCGCCGCUCAACGCUGCCGACGCCCUCGAAGCCAGUCAGUUUCGCGAGGCUGUCCAAGGCCACCACGCCGCCGCGGCCCUCGACGACGAGCCCGAGGUCAUUGGACCCAUGCCCAUGCCGGACGGCGACAGCGGCGGCAAGGGCGGUGGCUCGUACGGUCGCGACUUGCUGCCGGGCGAAGGCGCGGCCAUUGCGCAGUACGUUCAGAAGAACAUGCGCAUUCCUCGGCGCGGCGAGGUCGGCUGGAGCGGCAACGAGAUCGAGUCGCUCGAGACGGCGGGGUACGUCAUGAGUGGGUCGCGCCACCAGCGCAUGAACGCCGUGCGUAUCCGGAAGGAGAACCAAGUCUACUCGGCCGAAGAGAAGCGCGCGCUCGCGCUCAUCAACUUUGAAGAAAAGCAGCAGCGUGAGAACAACGUCAUGGCCGAGUUCCGGACCAUGCUCACCGAGAAGCUCACCAAGAAGCACGGCGCGCUCGUCGUCGAGGAGCGUCAGGACGACGUGGUCCUGGACAAGGAGUAGAGAUCCAUCGAUGCUCUUAAUACACACACUACUGCCACC